AUGGCGACAGCAGCACCCGCUCCCGCGCCAGGCCACCGACGCAACAAGUCGUCGUCGGUGCUCAAGUCCAUCAUCAUCCCCCGCAACCACCGGCGCACGCCCUCGGACGGCGCUGGCCUGAACGGCAUUCCCCUCGCCAGCCCGCCGUACAUGCCCUCGACGGCCGCCCUGCACGCGCCGCUGCUGCCGCCCGACCACCCGCACAGCCAGCUGCGGGCUGCCAACUGGACCGAGACCGUCCCGCUGGCCGCGCCGCCGUCGCCCACCAAGCCGGGCAGCCCCAAGAAGAGCUUCCACAAGAAGUCGCUGAGCGCCGUGUCGCUGCGCUCGCUGGGGCGGGACAAGUCGCAGGACCGCCAGUCGGCCGAGGCGAGGCGUGCCCGCGACGAGGAGGCGGCGGCGCGCGAGAAGCCCGUCAAGACCAAGUCGUCGACGAACCUGGCCGCCAUGUUCGGCAAGGGCCGCUCGCGGGACAGCAGGCAGGCGCCGCCCAAGUCGCCCUCCAAGGACAAGGAGAACGCCUCGCCGCCGCACACGGCCUACACGCUGAGUCCACCCCCGCGCGCCCCCAUCUGGGCCGAGUUCAGCUCGCACGCCCUGCACGACGUCACCACGUCGACCAAGGUGCCCCUCAACGACCAGCGCCGCAGCGUCGACGACGACCCGGCCCUCUACACCCCGCGCAACUGCUCGCCCGCCAAGCAGCGCAACCCCGACCACCACCCACAGCCCGCCAAACAGACGCGCCCCGCCGCGAAGGAGCGGCCCAAGUCGAUGAUCGUGUCGAGCAAGGACGCCGUCGACGUGCUCUUCGGCACCUUCUCGCGCAAGAAGAGCCACGAGCGCGCCCCGCUCGCCGACACGCAGGGCAACGAGGGCCGCGUCAAGGACACGGCCGCCUCCAAGGCCGCCCAUGCACGGCCAGCCCUGGCCCGCGCCAAGACAGACUCCCUCACCAAGGAGACGAUGCACCGCGACCGCGGCCUGCCCCAGCUCCCUCCCCCCUCGCCCAAGAAGCCAAAUAGAGUCAUGGCUGCUGUCGCCGCCUUCAACGGCAGGUCGAAGCAGGUCGAGGGCCCCCCGGCGUCCCCGACCAAGCUCAACCCGAGCGUCGUCGACGCCGAUUUCGAGGAAGUCCUGGAAUCACGCAACAUCCCCACACACCAGCGCGCCCAGAUGCGGACACUGACGCUCGAGGUCAAGGCCGACUUCGUCCGCACACACAAACUCGACACUGCCCAUGCCUCGACGACGGCCACGACCUGCACAAACCCUUCCGUGGGCGAGGGCAAGCCGGGCCCCGCCCGCUCGUCCAAGUCGCGCAAUGGAUCCAUCGAGCAAGACAGGGACCCGCUGCAGGCCGACCCCUCAGCCAACGCAUCCAAGCGUGAGCGCCCGCGAAGCAGGACCUUUACUUUCAACAGGAGCGACUCGCCCACCAAGAAGCAGAGAGGAGAGAUGAACGACAAGAAGGCGUCCUCCAAAUCCAACCCCAUCCCCAAGUCCCCUUCAACGAGGUCAUUGGUAUCAAAUGCCUCUGAGAGGUCGGUCUCGAGUGGUGCCAAAUCUGUCAAGUCUGAUGACUUCAUCGCCUACCUCAGGAAGACUCCAAAGCCCCAAGACGUUGAAGUCGGCAAGCUGCACAAGCUCCGGCUGCUGCUCAGAAAUGAGACCGUCGACUGGGUCGACACUUUCAUUCGGGAUGGUGGCAUGACCGAAUUGGUCGGCCUACUCCAUUGCAUCAUGGAGAUUGAAUGGCGGGACGACCACGACGAUACUCUGCUUCACGAGUUGCUUCGUUGUCUGAAAGGGCUUUGUACGACCGACUCUGCGCUCAAGCAGCUCGCUGAAAUCGCCUCGACUUUAUAUCCUGCCUUGCUCGCCAUGCUGUUCGACGAAGAGCACAAAGGUCCGAGUGAAUUCACCACACGCGAGCUGAUCAUCGACAUCAUCUUUGCACACAUCUCAAUGGCCCCAGAAUCGGAACUUGAGUCCCGCGCCACAGAACUACUCAAGUAUCUUAAAGACCCCAUCAAAGAGAAGGAGUCCUCGACCGUGCCCUUUGUCCUGCAAAUGCAUCAGCCGCGCCCCUAUCAAGUGUGGUGCAAGGAGAUGAGCAAUGUGACAAAGGAGGUAUUCUGGAUCUUCAUCCACCACCUAAAUGUCAUACCUGUUCCUCCACAAUCUUCGUUGGACGGAUUCCCCAAGUCAUACGCAAAGACACAUUUCCCUGGUCCCCGGGCCAUUGUCCCGGCAGCACCCUACGUUGGCGGUGUGGAAUGGGACGCAACAAACUACAUUGCGACACACAUCGACCUCCUCAACGGACUCAUCGCCUCGCUGCCCACGCGCUCGGCUCGCAACGAGCUGCGACAGGAAUUCAAGGUCAGCGGCUUCGAGAAGCUGAUGGGUCAUCUACGUGCUUGCAACCCAAAGUACUACGGCGCUGUGCACGACAGCGUCAAAGUGUGGAUCGGGGCAGCACUCGAGGAUGACUGGGACAUCAAGCCCGUACGCAUGGGGCCUGGCGACGGCAAGGGAAGCAUGAGCCCGCUGAAACAGAGCCCGAAGAAGAAGGUGGAACAGGCACCGCAGCUCCAGGCGCCGAAGAUGGAUCUCGGGCUCGGAUUGGGAUUGGGAUUCGACAAGGAGAUUGAUGUUGGGGGCUGUAUCGGGAAAAAAGACGAUGAUUGGAUUUGA